AUGGCGGGUGUUAACGACGGUGCCACGGCGAGCGGAGGCAGCAGCAAGGCCAAGGUGGUGGUGGUCAUGGGCGCCACGGCCACCGGCAAGUCCAAGCUGGCCGUGGAUCUCGCACUGCGCUUCGGCGGAGAGGUGAUCAACUCCGACAAGAUCCAGGUGCACGACGGCCUCGACGUGGUCACCAACAAGGCCACCGCCGCGGAGCGCCGGGGCGUGCCACACCACCUUAUCGGUGGGGUGAGCCCCGACGCCGACUACACCACCGCCGACUUCUGCAGGGACGCCACGCGCGCCGUCGAGUCCAUCCUCGAGAGGCGCCGCGUCCCGAUCAUCGCUGGGGGCUCCAACAGGUACCUCGAGGCGCUGCUGGACGGCGGCGGGGAACCUGCUGCAGCUGGUGGCUUUCGCAGGCGCUACGAGUGCUGCUUCCUCUGGGUGGACAGCGACCUGGUCGUGCUGGACCGCUACAUAGCAGACCGCGUGGACUGCAUGAUGGAGCAGGGGCUCGUCCGUGAGGUGCGGGCCUUGUUUCGGCACGAAGACGCCGACUACUCCAGAGGCAUCCGGAGGGCCAUCGGCGUGCCGGAGAUGGACGGAUACUUCCGGAUCGAGGCCGCGGGUGCUCUGGACGGCGACGACGAGCUGCGAGCACGGCUCCUCGCUGCGGCCGUCGACGAGAUCAAGACCAACACGUGCGUGCUGGCGCGCCGCCAGCUGGACAAGAUCCACCGGCUCCACGGCCUCCGCGGGUGGAGCGAUAUCCACCGCCUCGAUGUCACGCAGGUGCUUGAGCUCAAGGUCAGGGAUGCCAGGAACACAAACGCACAGAGCGCCGCGUGGGAGACGGACGUCGUGAGCCCUGCGGCGAGGAUCGUGGGAACAUUUCUGCCGGCGGUUAAUAAUGGCGUCGUUGAGGGAGCUAGGGACAACGGCAAGGAUCGUUUCUUCUUGACGCCCAAAGAAGUGGCCGCGCCCGGCGUUUGCACGGCGACAGAGUGGUUCGGCCAGCAGCUGAACAUGGCGGUGAUGUCUCCAAGCCGCGGGUUUGUUGGAUUGGGCUCGGCGGCCGCCGCUGUUUAA